AUGGUUUAGGUGAAAUCAGAUUAAAAUCUAACAAGAUAAUAGAUUUAUAACUAUAAAAGUUACCCAGGAAACUAAGUUUACGAAAUGGUUUAUUCUAGUGAUCAGAGAUAUAUUUAUUUUAGUACUUCCUGCAACUAUUAUCUUACUUAUAGAAACGGAAUAGGUUAAAUAAACAUAAAUGAUCCAACCAAUCCAAAAAUAUUUACAUAAAACAAUAAGGUAGAAGGAUAAGGAUAAGACAGAGAACUUAUGAUUAAAGGUCUUAGUGCGAAUGAUGAUCUAGUAGUUGGUGUAAUGUUUCAUUAAAAUAAACUUGAUGGCUAGAAAAUAGGUGUAACAGUGCUUAUCCCAUCUCAAGAUAGUUUCAAAUUGUAUUACUAAGAUGACCUAAAUUACAAUAAUAUUGAUAUCUAAUCAUCUAUGAUUAUUAACAAUACAUUUGUUAGAUUCUUUAUGCAGGUCUAUGAAUCUUCAUAAUCUUAGAGAUAUCAACAGAUUGGUGAGUUUGAUCUUACAAAGCAAGAUAAAAUAAUAUUCAAAAAUUUGCAAGAUUAUCCUUUCAAAUGGACCUUUUAUACAAAUAUGCUAGUACGGAAUAUCAGCCAACUAUUUAUCUUCGGAAGUAUGAAAUAAAAAUAUGGGUAUAAUAGCCAAGCAUUCAUAAAUCCAUACAUCGAAGAUCCAACUUGUAAGUAUUAACAGCCAAUAGGAAACGGCUAAAGUUAUAAUGUGAAGUCUGAAGUAGAUCUAGGUGUUGAUUAUGAUAGUAUUUACAUUAGAAUCAAAGUCAUAAGCUUUGAAGAUAUAAAGCCAAUGGAUCCAGAAACCUUGAUAAAAGGUGAAUUCAAAAAUGUUUAUAAUAAUUAAAAACCUUGCGACCUUCCUUAAAAAGGAUUUGAGGUAAUCACUCCAGAGUCUAAAAAUGAGACAGUUAAAUGCUUCGUAGAUAUUCCUUGUUUUACAAUGAUUGGAGAGAUCAAAGCUGAAUUUGAUUGUUCUAAUUUAAACAACAGUUUGAAGAUGAACCUAUAUAAUUCUUCUGAAAAUAAUCUGUGGAAUUAUGUUAAUUUGGUGCAACUUCAAUCUUAGGCAGAUUCUAUUUUAAGUAUUAAGUACAACCUUACUUUCUAAGUUUUCUGGCCUUGUGAAAUAGGCAAUGUUUCAAAGUUUAAUGACCAAAACAUUUAUUUGUUAAGGAAUAGGAGUAUUGCCAAUGUCUAGCUCAAUAUGUUCAAAUUUGUCGAUGAUAAUUCCUGCUUUAAGCAUGAGAUAUAAGAGGUAAUCCAAGAUGACUCACCUCCAUUUUUCAAGUCAUAUGUUCCAAAGUUAAUAACAGCUCCUAACUUGAUAAAUUACUAUGAUAUUCCAAAGAUUCAAGAUAACCAAGGAGAUAAUUAUACUUUAAUAAUCAAUUUCGGAGAAGCAUUUCCUUUUAUUACCUUGAAAGAUGAAAGAAUGAAAAUAAGCCCAACUCUUAAUGAAAGUGGAAAAUAUGUUGUUAUCUUCUAGUUGAAGCAAGUUAAAUAUCCUAAUUUAUCUUCGUUCUACCAUCUAGAUAUAAUAGUGGAAAAUUAAAAAAAUAAUGACACUAAUUAAAGCCUGAACUCAAAGACUUUUCAAAUGACUAAUUCUGCAAUAAUCACUUCAAUAAAUGCAACUGGAUUUGCUAUUGUAAAAUUUAAAGAUAAAUUGUUCUUAGACACUAUAGCACCUUUGGAGUGCUAUUAAUUCGUUUCAGAUAUUAUCGCACCUUCCAAUGAUUGCAAUCAAUUCUCCAGCUAAUAUUCAGUAUAUACCCAACUUCUGCAACUCAGUGAUGAAAUAGAUUACCCUAUGAAUGAUUAUUUCUCUUAGUAUGGAUAUAACUCAAUAAAUGUCAUCAUUAAUCUGGGUACAAUAUUCAUGAUUCUUGUGAUUAAUAUUCUUAUUAUAUUCUUGACAUUGAUGCUAAAAGUACUUACUAGAUUAAUUCCCAGGCUACGAAGUCUGUAUAAAUGGGUUGUCUCAAAAUUAUUCAUGAACUAUUACAUCAGAUUUUUUCUGGAAGCAUACUUAGAACUUGCUUUGUGUUCUUUGAUUAAUUUUCAACUAGAUAAAAGGAUUUCAUCAUCUUUUGGUCAGCGCAUAGGAGUUAUAGCAUCUACCCUCAUUAUGAUAUCCAUUUUUCUAUUCCCAAUGCUUAUUCUACUAUUGUUAGUAGCCUAUCAAAAUUAACUAGACGAACCUGAAAACAUUAGAAAAUUUGGGUCAUGCUAUGAACUCUAUAGAACAGACAGACUAUCAAUAUUAUUGAGAGAUGAACCCAUUUAUUAGAUUAUUAUACUAAUGGUAAGCUCUCUGGCUAUUUUGAUUUACAUUAUUAACUAUAAGCCCUGCAAAUCUAAGUUUGAUAACUAUUUGGAGAUAUUUAAUGAGCUAUCAGUAUUAGCUAGUUUUUAUGUUUAAAUGUGCUACACAGACUUUUUGAAUGAAAAUUCUUAAAUUAAAAUGAAUAUUGGAUGGGUACUAAUUUUUAUUUCCUGUGGUUCUUACGGUGUAAAUAUGCUAAUUAUUUUGAUAAUGCUCCUUGUUCAUUAAACAUAAAGUAUAAGUAGAAUUUGCAAAUUAAUGUUGGUUAGAAUAAAACAAUUCAUAAGACUUUAUAUGAAAGCUCGAACUAAAGCGAGAAUUACUUAAAUUAAUUUAGAAUAGCAAAAGAAAAAUAUGAAAAAUCCUAUCGCAUUUUUGAAUAAAUAAAGCCAAGAGACAAUUAUUCUGAAGAAAAAUAUAAACUUAGAAAAUAUCCUAAAUAAUGAAGAUUAAGGUAUAUUUGUGUAAUCAAUUCAAAGUUCAUCACCAAUAAAUUCCUCAAUUAGCUUUUCUUCAAAAAAAUCUUUGAUUUAACAAGAAGAAAGCAAGGUAAAUUAUAAGGACUAGAAGUAUCAGAAUUCAACUCUUCUUGAGAUAAACAACCAUAAAAUUAGUUUGGAAAAAAAUAACAUUAAAGAGGAAAAUAAAGUAUCUUGGUCUCGUAUAAAAAGAUUAGAUUCUUUAAAACUUAACAAUCAUAAAUCUAAUUUAGUGAAUGAUAAUUAAGUUAUAGAAAAGCCUAAUUAAGUUGAACUUUUCAAUAUAUUCGGUUUUCAACUAUAAGAUUAAAAUAUGUAUUAAAGAAAAUGA